AUGGCACCAUCAGUUCCCAACACCACGGGAUCAGAAUCACCAUCCGAUGUACCAUACGGGCCGUACACCAGUUUCCCCUGGGAACCCCUCCCUGAGUACGGUGGUGAGAAAUCCAUCAUGUUUCGUUCGGCCGACGGGAAAGUCGUCGCGGCAGCCGCAAAGGAAACAGGGACUGCAACAUUGACCUAUCCGUGUGAUGAGUUUUUCUUUGUCACGGACGGUUGGGUCAAACUGAACGUUCAUGGUGGGGACCACUUUGUUCUGACCAAGGGGGAGUUCGUGUAUUUGAAGAAGGGGACGACGGUUGAUUUCACAUUUGGCCCUGGUUUUAUGAACGUUGCCGUCUUUAUGGACAAUGAACCUGUAACCCUUCUCUGA